AUGUCAUCGUCAUCAUCAGUAACACCGAUUCUGAAAGAUGAACUGGACAUCGUGAUUCCUACGAUAAGGAACCUCGACUUCUUGGAACAGUGGAGACCAUUCUUCCAACCAUAUCAUCUCAUCAUCAUACAAGAUGGUGACCCUGCUAAAGUCAUCAAAGUCCCUCAAGGCUUUGAUUAUGAGCUUUACAACCGUAAUGAUAUUAACCGAAUUUUGGGUCCUAAAGCUUCUUGUAUUUCUUUCAAAGACUCCGCUUGUCGUUGCUUCGGUUUUGCCAUCUCCAAAAAGAAAUACAUCUUUACUAUUGAUGAUGACUGCUUUGUUGCCAAAGAUCCAUCUGGCAAAGAAAUUGAUGCUUUGCAGCAGCAUAUUAAGAACUUGCUGACUCCAUCAACUCCAUUUUUCUUCAACACUCUGUAUGAUCCAUAUAGAGAAGGUGCAGAUUUUGUCCGUGGAUAUCCGUUCAGUCUUCGUGAAGGUGUCCCAACAGCCGUCUCUCAUGGACUAUGGCUUAACAUUCCGGAUUAUGAUGCUCCUACUCAGCUUGUCAAGCCUCUCGAAAGAAACACUAGGUAUGUGGAUGCUGUUAUGACAAUACCAAAGGGAACCCUCUUUCCCAUGUGUGGUAUGAAUUUGGCAUUCAACCGUGAUUUGAUUGGCCCUGCAUUGUACUUUGGACUCAUGGGUGAUGGCCAACCUAUCGGUCGCUACGAUGAUAUGUGGGCUGGCUGGUGCGCCAAGGUGAUAAGUGACCAUUUGGGACUAGGAGUGAAGACAGGUUUGCCUUAUCUGUGGCACAGCAAAGCUAGCAACCCAUUCGUGAACCUUAAGAAAGAGUACAAAGGAAUUUUCUGGCAGGAAGAAUUGAUACCAUUUUUCCAAUCUGUUUCUCUUCCAAAGGAAUGCACAACUCCUCAGAAAUGCUACAUUGAACUCUCCAAAAAAGUUAAGGCAAAACUUGGAUUGGUUGAUGACUAUUUUAACAAGCUUGCUGAUGCUAUGGUUACUUGGAUUGAAGUUUGGGAUGAACUUAACUCUUCUGAAGAAAAAACUCUUGCAUUGCCUAAUGGUUCGGAAAAGUAA